CGACGCGCGCUGCAGGUGGCAACUUGGCGGUGCGGCCACGGCCGCUGCGGGAGGAGCCCGGGUCUGGUGGCCCCUUCCAGCCUCCGACAGCCCUUUCCCGCCGCCGAACCCGAGACCGGACCCGGGAGAUUCCGAAGGAAAAAGCCGCUGCGCAGGGACCUGUGAGCCGCCUUAUCUCUCUUCUGCCCUUGCGCUACUUUUUUUCUUCGAGGAAGGCUGUGCCUGGGGGCUGCGGGCAGGUUCCUGGAGGGGCUGGAGAGGAAGGCUUCGGGUGACCCAGACUCGGAAUCCAAGCCCGAGCAGGAGGCCGAGCCCCAGGAGGCGGCGGGGGCGCAGGGGCACGCGGGGGCGCCGCAGGGCCCGGGGCCCGAACCCAGCGGCGAGGAGCAGCACCAGGCCCUAGAGCAGUUCGAGGCCGCGGCGCACAGCACCCCUGUGAGGAAGGAGGUCACUGACAAGGAACGGGAGUUCGCUGCUGGGGCUGCAAAACAGCUCGAAUAUCAGCAAUUGGAAGACGAUAAACUUUCUCAGAAAUCAUCUAGCAGUAAACUAUCUCGAUCUCCAUUAAAGAUUGUCAAAAAGCCUAAAAACAUGCAGUGCAAAGUGAUACUUCUGGAUGGAUCAGAAUAUACCUGUGAUGUGGAGAAACGCUCCAGAGGCCAGGUGCUGUUUGAUAAAGUAUGUGAACAUCUGAAUUUGCUGGAAAAAGACUAUUUUGGGCUUACGUAUCGAGAUGCUGAAAACCAGAAGAAUUGGCUGGACCCUGCUAAGGAAAUAAAAAAACAGAUUCGAAGUGGUGCUUGGCACUUUUCAUUUAAUGUGAAAUUUUACCCACCAGACCCUGCCCAGCUAUCUGAAGAUAUCACCAGGUACUACCUCUGCCUACAAUUGCGAGAUGACAUCGUGUCCGGAAGGCUGCCCUGCUCCUUUGUCACCCUGGCCCUGCUGGGCUCCUACACUGUCCAGUCCGAACUUGGAGACUAUGACCCAGAUGAAUGUGGGAAUGAUUACAUUAGUGAGUUCCGCUUUGCGCCAAACCACACGAAAGAACUGGAAGAUAAAGUGAUCGAGCUGCACAAGAGCCACAGAGGAAUGACGCCAGCAGAAGCAGAGAUGCAUUUCUUGGAAAAUGCCAAAAAACUGUCCAUGUAUGGGGUUGAUUUACAUCAUGCCAAGGAUUCUGAAGGAGUAGAAAUUAUGUUAGGAGUUUGUGCGAGUGGUCUGUUGAUAUAUCGUGACCGACUGAGAAUCAACAGAUUUGCCUGGCCGAAGGUUCUAAAAAUUUCAUACAAACGGAACAACUUUUACAUUAAGAUUCGGCCGGGAGAGUUUGAACAAUUUGAAAGCACCAUUGGGUUUAAGCUGCCAAACCAUCGAGCUGCCAAGCGUUUAUGGAAAGUGUGUGUUGAACAUCAUACAUUUUUCAGACUGUUGUUACCAGAAGCACCUCCAAAGAAAUUCCUGACCUUGGGCUCCAAGUUUCGUUAUAGUGGCAGGACACAAGCCCAAACAAGAAGAGCCAGCGCAUUGAUAGAUCGCCCUGCCCCUUACUUCGAACGCUCGUCCAGCAAACGUUAUACCAUGUCUCGUAGCUUGGAUGGAGCAUCAGUGAAUGAAAACCAUGAAAUCUACAUGAAGGAUUCUGUGUCUGCUGCAGAGGUUGGUACUGGCCAGUACGCCACAACAAAGGGCAUCUCUCAGACCAACUUGAUCACCACUGUGACUCCGGAGAAAAAGGCCGAGGAGGAACGGGACGAAGAAGAGGGCAGGCGAAAACGGCUGGAAGAAGUCACCCCGGUCGCGGCAGCACGGCACGAGGGAAAGACCGACAGUGAACGCACGGACACGGCGGCAGACGGGGAGACCACAGCCACUGAGUCGGACCAGGAGGAAGAUGCAGAGCUCAAGGCACAGAAUAGUCUGAUUAAGCGAAUAAAGGGUGAAAAUGUGUAUGUCAAACAUAGUAAUCUUAUGUUAGAGGAGCUAGAUAAAACUCAAGAUGACCUGAUGAAACAUCAAACCAAUAUUAGUGAGCUGAAAAGAACCUUUUUAGAAACCUCCACAGACACUGCCAUCACGAAUGAAUGGGAAAAGAGGCUUUCUACCUCCCCAGUGCGACUAGCCACCAGGCAGGAGGAUGCGCCUAUGAUCGAGCCGCUCGUCCCCGAAGAGACCAAAGAAGAAAGAGAAAUUUCUGAAAAAGUUAUAUUUUUGCAGCAAGGAAGCUCUCCAUUCCUUGAGUCUCAGACUAAACAGUCUUCUGCUGAAAAGCUCAUGGAUGGCUCUGAAAUCUUCAGUUUAUUAGAGUCUGCAAGAAAACCAACAGAAUUCAUAGGAGGGGUUACUUCUACUUCUCAAAGCUGGGUUCAGAAAAUGGAAACCAAGACUGUGUCCAGCAAGGUAGAGGCAGAAACAAGCCAGCACCCCCAGCCACUUAGCACCGAGAAGGUUGUGCAGGAAACCGUGUUGGUGGAGGAACGACAUGUGAUGAAUGUGCAUGCGAGUGGGGAUGCCUCUUAUGUGGCUGGAGAUGACUUGGCUGCUGGAGCCCAGGCAGCAUCUGCUGAUGCUUCUAGCUUGAAAGGGAAGGAGGGCUCUGCUCUGAUGGAGGGAGCUAAGGAGGAGAAGGGGGAGGUGGCCGAGAAAGCUGUCCUCAAACAGGAAGAGACGGCCACUGCUCCCCAAGAGCCAGUGGAGGAGCAGAGUGCAACAAUCCACGUUUCUGAAACUUGGGAACAGAAACCUCAUUUUGAGUCAUCAACUGUGAAGACAGAAACCAGCAGUUUUGGUAGUGUUUCACCAGGAGGAGUAAAGCUAGAAAUUUCUACCAAGGAAGUACCGGUCGUUCACACGGAAACAAAAACCAUCACAUAUGAAUCAUCACAGGUUGAUGCUGGUGCGGAUUUGGAGCCAGGCGUGCUAAUGAGUGCACAGACGAUCACAUCUGAAACCACCAGUACCACGACCACCACCCACAUCACCAAAACUGUGAAAGGAGGCAUUUCAGAGACAAGAAUUGAAAAGCGGAUAGUCAUCACGGGAGAUGCCGACAUUGACCAUGACCAGGCGCUGGCUCAGGCAAUUAAAGAGGCCAAAGAGCAGCACCCUGACAUGUCAGUGACCAAAGUAGUGGUCCAUAAAGAGACAGAGAUCACACCAGAAGAUGGAGAGGAUUGACCCCAGGAAUAACUUAGCCUGCACAUGAAUCCAGUCAUGCAAACCAUUAGGAAAACCAGAGCCUAUAUGGAGUUCCCUCUUCUAACCCAACUGACUUGUAUCUGCCCAUGGAAAAUUCAACCCAGAAGAACUGACCUUGACCAUUAAUAAAGACACUGGCAGAGAGAUCUUCCCAUAAUAAAGCAAUCCGAAUCAGCAUCACAAAACUGAUAUUGCAUGAAGCAACGAUAAAAUUACAAAAGAGUAGCAUUUUUUAAUUUCCACCAAGUGUCUAAGUUUUCAGCUAUACCUGCACGUUCAUAACCAACAAUAUAAACCGUGAUCUCAUGUAACACAUAAACAAUUCAUGCCUUUCAUAGUUUAUUAUUAAAGUCUAAACAAAAUCGCAAUUUCUUAGGUGACAGAUCUUUUGUUUACAGACAAAUGAAGAUUACCCUAAAAUGCUAGAAGCUGUCUAGGUCCGAUGUGUCAGGUUUAUCCCAGAUUAGAUGUGCCAAUAACCGAGUUUAUUCAGUAAACAACUUGAAUCUCGUACUUGUUUCACCUGGUUUUAUUAUUCUCACCCAUACACAGCAACGACUCUCAAUCCUCUGGAAAUAUUUAAUGCUUACAAUCCUGCUUUGUGUAUCUAAUUUGAUUCGUUAUAAGGUAGUACUGAUUUUAGCAUAUUAAUGUGAUUUCUUCCUUGUUUACUUUGGUCUGCGUCCAACCUGGAAAGCUUCCAAGAUUUCCCUAACAAGUCCUAAAUAUGUAAAUUGUCAUUAUUUGGGGGAAGAAAACCUGUUUUUGUUAGUUUACGAUAUUAUGGAAUUUCACUCCAGAAAAAGCUGUUGGGCUUCUGUUGCUUUGUUUUCUCUCUUCGUUUCUUCUUCCUUGUGUUUUUAAGUUGGACUUUACUUCUUUUACUGGAAAAAGAAAAAAGUGUUUUAUUUCCAAAUCUGGUCCAUAUUUACAAUCUAGUUCAGAGCCAAGCCUUAAAUUGUACAGAAUUUCCACUGUAAUUAAACUAUUUAGUGUUUAGUUAUAAAUAGCCUUCAAAAAGAUAUAUUCUCCAUUACACUGUCAACUGCAUCACACAGCCCAUGGUGAAUGUAUGUUUCUGCAUAGCAAAAUAAAAAUGGUAAAUGCAUUUAAA